AGAGAGCAGGAGCUCUGCCAUCAUUACUUUCAGAAAACAUUCUAGAACUCUGCCUGUGGUCGUUUGUGAGGUUUCUCUCAAGUGGAAUGAUGUUGGAGAGGGGAAGGGCCUUUGCUAUUCCACCUGCCCAGAUCAUCGGCUAUGAGCUCCAAGGAAGAUCCACCAUUUUUGCUACCAUCAGAUAAGAACGCCAUUACCAAUGGUGACAAGACAUCCAACCAAAAGCUGGCUUCAGGAUUAUGCUAAUUAACUCCAAGUCCCAAGACUCUUGUUGCCUGGUGACAAAAGUUGCUCCACGGAAGAGCACCAGGACAAAAGGCAGCCUACAUUAGCAGUUUCAUGUGACUUCCUCCUCGAACUCAUCACCAUCAACUCAGGAAAAAUUCUUCAAAUAUACUCCCAUAUUAAGACAUCAUGGUCAAGAGUGGAAAAAGCCCCAAGGGCAAAAAGAUCACACUCAGUGUGGCCAAGAAUUGCAUCAAAAUCACCUUUGAUGGGAGAAAGCGCCUUGAUCUGAGCAAGAUGGGGAUCACCACCUUCCCCAAGUGUAUCCUGCGUCUCAAUGAGGUGGAUGAGCUCGACCUUAGCAGGAAUAUGAUCAGGAAAAUCCCAGACUCCAUCUCCAAGUUUCAGAACCUGCGAUGGCUCGACCUGCACAGCAACUACAUCGACAAGCUUCCUGAAUCCAUCGGGCAGAUGACCUCCCUGCUGUAUCUCAAUGUCAGUAACAACAGGCUGACCACGAAUGGGCUGCCCGUGGAGCUGAACCAGCUCAAGAACAUCCGCACGGUGAAUCUGGGCCUCAACCACCUGGACAGCGUGCCCACCACCCUGGGGGCAUUGAAGGAGCUCCAUGAGGUCGGACUCCACGACAACCUGCUGAAUACCAUUCCCGCCAGCAUCUCCAAGCUCCCCAAGUUGAAGAAACUCAACAUAAAGAGGAACCCCUUUCCAAAGGCAGAUGAGUCAGAAAUGUUUGUAGACUCCAUCAAAAGGCUGGAAAACCUCUACCUGGUAGAGGAGAAGGAUCUGUGUACACCUUGCCUGCAAAAAUGCCAACAGGCCAGGGACAAGUUGAACAAAAUCAAAAGCAUGGCUCCUACAACACCAAGAAAGGCCAUCUUUUCCAAUUUGGUUUCACCCAACUCGAUGGCCAAGGAUUCCCAGGAAGACUGGAGGUUUCGCCCAACACCCACCUCCUAGAAUAGCUUAUGGCAAAAACAUGAAGACCAAUCAGCUAGCAGAAAUAAACGACUCUGAAGAGGAAAAGUCCCAGAUUAGAAGACAGAGUGGCACAGGGAACAUUCUGGAAGACAGGCUCUCCGGUGCUACCCAAGUUACUGAAUGGCUUUAUGAAUUUUACUUUGCUUCCCUUGGUUCUAGGCUACCUGCUUGUGAAAAUAUAUUUACUAGAUAUUU